CUUUUAGCAAAUAUGUCAACUUUAAAUUAAAUUACCAUUUUUUACCUAUCGCUGUAAGCUGAACAUAAUUUUUAACCAUCUGUUUACAAUGUUUUUGAUCUGAGGUUUAAAGAAAAAUAAAUAAAUUUAGAACCAUAUUUGGGAAGAUAUGGCAUUUAAGAGAAAUUUGUUUGCAAACACCGAGUACUAGAAACAUUUAGAAUAAGUAAGAGUGAAUUUUGAUUCAUAUGCUGAAAUGUUUAUCAAAUUUUAGUAAAAACUUUUUUUUGGAAAAAAAUUAAAAUAAGAUGAACUAAAUUUCAGUUAAAGUAAGCAGCUACAAGAAAAUCAUAUUGUCAGAUUUUCCCGUCCAUAAAAAGAGGCAGAGAUCAUACUUCAGAUAUUUGACAAGUUAUUUUAUGAAACAAUCCGUUUUUCUUCCUAACGUAAUAUUUUUCUACAUAUAUUCACAUACUGCAUGUAAGCAUCUGUAAUUUUUCUAACAAACAUUAACAGAAUUUGUUGACAUUUCCAGUAGGUGGAAAUGGCAUAUAUAUUUUCAGGCAAGUCAAAAGAUGAACUGUACAAAUGCUUUACUUAAAAGAUUGAAAUUUAUAAAAUUACAUCUGAUUUCCUUUAGGCUGCUGCACUGUUUCUUCAGAGAAAAAACAAUCCAGACAGUAUAUUUGAUGAUUAACCCAAUAUGAUACACAAUACCUUCAAAUAAAUACUUUCUGAAAGUAUUCUGAAGUAUAAAUAAGCCUAAUUGAGUUGAUGCAUAUUAUUGCUGAAAGAUAAUCACCAAAUUCUUUUCCUAGACUUGUAAUAUUUAUUUUUCAAGUAAAUAUCUCUUUCCUUAGAUAUCCAGGCUUUGCUACAGAUUCAACAGUGGCUUUACUAAUUGGGCUCCUCUUCUUCAUUAUUCCUGCAAAAAGAUUGUCUAGAACUUCAAAUGGAGAAAACAUUGUUUUUGACUACAGUCCACUGAUAACUUGGAAAGAUUUUCAAGCAUGCAUGCCCUGGGAAAUUGCCAUCCUUGUUGGCGGUGGGUUUGCGCUGGCUGAUGGCUGUGAGGAGUCAAAACUCUCAGCCUGGAUUGGAAGCAAAUUAACCCCGUUAGGAUCACUACCCAUAUGGUCAAUAAUUCUCAUUUCAUCAUUGAUUGUGACAACAAUAACUGAAGUAGCCAGCAAUCCUGCUACAAUCACUAUAUUUUUGCCUAUCUUAGCCCCUCUGGCUGAAGCCAUCCAUGUUAACCCACUUUAUAUCUUGAUACCAUCAACCCUCUGUACAUCAUUUGCAUUUUUGCUACCAGUAGCAAACCCACCCAAUGCCAUUGUAUUUUCUUAUGGUCACCUGAAAGUUAUUGAUAUGGUAAAAGCUGGACUGGGUAUAAACAUCAUUGGAGUUGCUGUUGUGAUGCUCGCCAUUAUGACAUGGGCACAGCCGAUGUUCAACCUCCAAACAUAUCCAGCUUGGGCACCCUUUCCUUCUGCUACUAAUAUCAGUGUACAUUAACGGACGAGAGCAGGUUGCUUCCUUUUUUUCUCCGAACGAUGGUGCUAGUUGAUAGAUCUGUAUGGCACAGUACAGCUACGAUCUAGGAUAAGUUGCCUUUCAUAGUUCCAUGUCCUAAGUACUAGUCCAGGUGGCUGAAAAUCCACAAAACAAGAAUGUUACAACCUGAAUAAUGCAAGAGAAAGUAAGCCUGUACAAAUGAUCAGUCAAUUCUUCCUGUUAAGACUUUGUUCGCCAGAGUUAGAAAAUGGCAUUUGUACAUUAUGCAUAUUCAUCAUGAAUAAUUAUUUGUUCCUGUUUUGGGGUCACAAAAGAAAAUAGUAUGAUUGCUAUAAUAAUGCUAGAAGAACUAUACAGUACAUGGACAGACAGAUUAAUGUAUGAGAAACAGAUACAUUAGAUACUAGGGACCCAAUGUUUUUAAUUUAUUAGUCCAUAAGUCUCCUAGUCCCAUCGUCUUCCAAGAUGCUGACCCUUUAUGUAUUCAUAUGAUAUAUGACAUACUAUCAACUAAUACUCCCCAUGAGCUUUCCUCCCCGACAUUUAUUGGCUAAAAGGGGGAAAAAAUUCCCAAGCAAAUAAUGAAAGCUUUAGAAAUUCCACCUAUCAUGCUAUGAUUGUAACACGACAGCUAUAGUAGGGUAUUGACAGAUUCAAACUGUUCCACAUUAUAUUCAUUAUUUGAUAUAUAUAUAAAAAAACCCUUUAUUCUGAGGAUGAAACUCCAUACUUCAAUUAAGAGUGGAAAAAUUUACUAUAUCAUAUAGAUUUGAUAUAAUCAAUUACAUCUCAGCCAAUUCUUAGUGCUUUAUUUUUUGAACUAAAAAAUUUAAGCACCUUUUUCAUUAAUAAAACUCAUUCUCAGUCAAUUGUGAUGUCUCAUGAUUACAUGGACAUGUCCCUGCAGUUGUCUUGAGAAUAGCACAAAAAAUGUUUGCCAUUACAAGUGUUUCUUCCAGAAACUUAGGGUUUUUUGUUUUUUUUACCAGCCUAGAGCUCUGGGGUCUCUGGUGAAUUUUCCACCCAAUUACUAGCCAGUCAUAAUAAUUCUUAUUGCCUUACUUUCCAAAUGUACUGUGUUCCAUUUUAAUGAAAACAAAUAAUCUUGGAAGAAUUAUAAUAAUUUCUUGCCCUCUGAUUGUAAUUUUGGUUAAAAAUCUACUUAGAGCCGAGGUGGCGCAGUGGUUAAAUGCAGCACUGCAGGCUACUUCAGCUGACUGCAGUUCUGCAGUU